AUGACACAAAAUUCAACUACGAUUUCUCAAGUUCCGUGGCGAGGAAUUCAGGUUCAUAUACCCAUACGAGGUGGAAGACCACAUUAUCAGACAAGAGAGACAACAGAAUCAAACUUACACUCGGAUGCACCAAGCAAGCAACACCAUGUUGCUGGUUACCCAUCCACCCCCAAUAGUCGAAAGAGAAAGCAGGAGGACCCAGAGAGAGGCAUAAGAUCAAAACGCUCCAUACGAGCAGUAAAUCCUCAAGAAAUCGACGAGGUGGAUGAUUUCUCAGAGCCACUGACUCCUCCCCCUUCAGAACGCAAGAUGGCGCAAGUUCGAAUCCGAGACCUUGAGACACUCGGUGGGGGAUUGAGAGACUACGAGUUGGAAGAGCAGAUUCCGACAUUUACACAAGAUCAACAAGACACAAGGGCAAUCCUAUAUCCUAGUGAUCAGCGAACGAGUAUUCUAGCGGCCGGGACAACCAACAGCGAGCUCAUGGGCGCUUGGGAGAAGUGUAUGCAUUGCAGCAUUGACAAUCUGGAUGGUACAAUAGACUUGGACAUCCCGGGCCUGCUAAGGGAUUCUGAUGAAAUUGGUGCCUUUGAAAAAAGCUCGUCAUUUGAUGUAAGUUUGAAUCUACAUAGUUUGGAACGAGUAUGGAAACAGAACUGGGAUGCUGGCCAGAACGCAAAGACGAGGUGA